UGGAUCUGGCCAAUAACUUUAGCCCCCUUUUUGCAUACCAUUGAUGUUUUGUCACCUCUGAGUCAAUGUCUUCCAGCUUGGGAAGGCGUCUUCACACCUUUUCACAGGAAGACCAUAGCCAGCAGACCUUUGCAAAGGCUACAGCAAGUAACUGUCAGGCUUGCAUGUCAUUGUCUACCCCUUCAUUGGCUUCCAAAGGAAGGUGGGAUGAAGAAACGUCCUGUUAGAUCAGGAAAAAACCUUGCCUAGCUCAGCAUCCUGCUUUCCACCGUGACCCAACUAGAUGCCUCCAGGAUAUCCCCAAGCAAGGUGUGAAACUGUUGCCCCUUUUCAGUUGGUGGUUCUGAGUAGCUGUUUUGUUGCCCACUUGAAUAAGCCUGUGGUCGUAUGUUGAGUGUGAAGCAGAGUGUGAAGGUCCUUCUAUUCCUUCCUUGGUUGUUGUGGGCUGUCAACCCAUUUCCAUCUCACUCUGACCCUGUGAAUGAGAGAACUUCUGGAAGACUGGGUUGUUAAUAGUCCUGGUUCAGGUUUUGCAAAUGAAAAGCCAUAGCUUCCUUUAUUGAGUUAAUGCCUCUCAUGCUCGGUCUUCCUCUCUUCCUGCUGCUUUCCGCUUUUCCCAACAUUCUUGCCUUUUCAAGCAAAUCCUUUCAUGAUGGGCCCAAAGUUAUUUCUAAUUGAUUUUUAGGCCCUUCUUCUCUUCCAGGGCUCUGAGAAGUAAUCUUUUUGUCUUUCCAGGAGGUGACGUGCAGAAGACAGAAGAAAACGAACCCGAACCAUACAAAUGGGUGGGAAAAGCCAGUUGGGAAGAGUGGUGGACAAAAACUGAGGAGAAAGAUCGGUGGAUGAGGGAGUUUUCUCUUUUGCACAACGCGGACUUUUACGAAAUCCCAAUCCGAGAAAAAACAGAAUGGAGCCAAUGCAUUCUUUGUGGGGAAAACGUCAGUGGUAAAUCCAACCUCGUUGCUCACUGGGAGAGUCACACCAGGAAGAAACUGCAUAAAUGCUUGGAGUGUGGGAAGAGUUUCGGGUCGAGCAAAUAUCUCAUUUGUCACCAGCGAAUCCACACAGGAGAGAAACCGUAUAAAUGCACCGAGUGCGGACAGAGUUUCUGCUGGCCCAACUCCCUUACAUUACACCAGAUGAACCACACAGGGAAAAAACCCUUUAAAUGCUCGGAGUGUGGAAAGAGCUUCAGUAGAAGGGGAAGCCUCGCUUGUCAUCGAAGAAUUCAUACAGGGGAGAGGCCAUAUAAAUGUCUGGAAUGUGGAAAGCAGUUUAUUCAUAGCACCAGCCUCACUUACCACCAACGACAUCAUUCCGGAGUGAAGCCGUACAAAUGCCUGGAGUGCGGGAAGCGGUUCAGUCACAGGACAAGCCUCAGUUACCAUCACCAGCAUCACUCGGGGCAGAAACCCUAUAAAUGCCUGGAGUGCGGGAAGAGCUUCAGCACGAGGCAGUACCUCACAUGCCAUCAAAGAAUCCACACCGGGGAAAAGCCCUACAAAUGCCUGGUGUGUGGAAAGAUGUUCAUGCACAGUGCAAGCCUCAGUUACCACCAGCGUCUUCACACGAGGGAGAAGCCACAUCAAUGUGUGGAGUGCGGUAAGAGCUUCACCUCAAGACACAGCCUCGUGUGCCAUCAAAGAAUCCACAUCGAAGGAGCGCCGUUUCAAUGCCUGGAAUGCGGAAAGAGCUUCAGAAGGCGCACCAGCCUGACCUCCCACCAGCAAAGCCACAUGGGGGUGAAGCCCUACCAAUGCUUGGAAUGUGGGAAGAGCUUUACAACCAGCAAAUACAUCAUUGCCCAUCAGAGAAUCCACACGGGAGAGAAGCCAUUUAGAUGUUCGGAGUGUGGUAAGAGCUUCUGUUGGGCCAACUCCCUCAGUUUACAUCAAAUCGUCCAUACCGGGGAGAAGCCACAUAAAUGCUUAGAAUGUGGGAAAAGCUUCAGCAGGAGCACCAGUCUGAAGGCCCAUCAGAGAAUCCACACUGGGGAGAAACCCUACAAAUGCUUGGUGUGUGGAAAGAACUUCAGCACUAGCCGAUACCUCGCCAGCCACCAGAGGAUUCACAUCGCCGAUAAAGCCUUUAAAUGCUUGGAAUGUGGGAAGAGCUUCAGCACCAGUAAGUACCUCACUUGCCAUCAAAGGAUUCAUACCGGGGAAAAGCCGUUCCAGUGCUUGGAGUGUGGAAAGAGCUUCUGUUGGUCUAACUCACUUGCUUUACAUCAAAGAAGUCACACAACAGAGAAGCCUCUGAAAUAUUAGAAGAGAGCCCAAGGAAAAUGUUUUACUUCUCAUCCCCAAAGUUAUGCUGGGGAGCCCAAGAGGUAUCUACAGAAAGAGCUUUUGCUCCGAGCAAAGCCUCACAAGGUGUUCGAAUCCAUAGCGGAGUAGGAAACGUGUUGUUAUAGCGUGACCUCAGUGAAAUAAACAAAUGAAAAGAAACCUGUAAAGAUUCUGUGCGGGGGGAAAACCACGGAAACACCUGGGCUGUGGAAGGGGAGGUUCACUUCAAGCAGAAGUCUCUCCUUCCUAGCAAAGAAUUCGCUCAGAACAGGUACCGUCUGGAGGUUUGGAGAUGUGUAUAUGUGUGUAUGAGUGUGAACUUUAAUGAACCACACAAGAGUCUGGAGAGAAGAAGGAGGAAUUUCAUGCCCAGUACAGGCCAUAGGGGCCAAUUUGGAGUGCAUCAGGAUGACCAUACUUGUCGUUAGUCUUAACAAGAUGGCGUUCAUGGGAGUCAGGACAGAGGUGAUCCCACCUCUUCUGGGUAAAGCGCCGCCUUCACUUAGCAACCCGGUGUAUAACCUGGUGUUCCUGCUAGAAACAGCUUUGCAAGGCCAGGUUAUGAUGUUGUCUGGAAGGGACUAUUCCAGCUUCAGCGGGUGUAUUGCCAGCACCCCUUUUAUUAUGGAGCUGGAUUGUCAUUAAGAAGGGCUGGAGGAGACCUAAGCCCUGUUUUAAUCUGAUUGUUGCGAACUGGUUGUCGAUGGAAAGCCCACCCACAGGAUAGGAAUGCCCUGCUGCCUCCAUUCUGGAUCUCUAGCACCCACACUUCGGUCGUUUUCAAGCUAUUUAUUACGGAUGCCUUUGAAGACUGUCUGGUUCAGGCUGCCGUGCUGUCAAGUCUUGCAAGCAGUUUACGGUUCGGAUUUUGUGUCAUUUCACUGGGCUCAGGCUCAGUUGAAAGUGUGGCUCAUGACUUCCAAAGGCAUGGAGGGGACAGGACUGUCCAGCAGUGGCAGUGCGGCCCAAGGGACGGAGCCUUUUGAGUGUUGGUGCCGAGACAGCGGCACAGCCAGCUGACGAAAUUUCACUUGGCCUUGUCUUGGCUCAUCUUUUCAGAAGGAAUUGAAGACACCUCUUUUAUAUUCAGUGUCCUGCUGCCAUUUAGAAAAGGGAUAUUUGGAUUUCAUGGACAACAGAUUCCAUUGUUCCCCUAUUCCGAGAGUUCUACCUGACUUACGGAUACCUAAUGUGGCUCACCUGGGAGAAAAGGCCUAAAC